AUGCAAAGAGCUUCUUCUAACCAUGGGAAAGGCUGUGAGGCUCUGCUGGGUCCCAAGCCAUCAAGAUGUGGCGGGGAACAAAGAGGCACAAGAGCUGGCCAGAAAUGGAUCGUUGAUUGCCUCCAUUGCUUGACUUUGUUGCGGGUCCUGCGAAAAUUGAUAAGCUACUCAACUACAGAUCAUGUGCCACCCGAAGUUAGAGUCAAAUAUAUGGAAGUUUGCAUAAAACUCCAUCAAGAGAUUUUAAAAUUUUGCAACGAAUUAAAUUCGCUUUAUAAAAUGUCAACUCUAGGAUUAUUUGCUGAAUGCUGUUUGGUCAUUUGCAUGUUAACAUUCAAGGCCAGUCUGGAUGUGGGAGAUGAGAAAUUCUUUGCUGUUAAAGUGGCUUUGUAUCUUUCAGCCGCAUUAUAUGAGUUGAUCGUUUUUUGUAUUAAUGGUCAAAGGAUAUCAUCCGAGAGCGAUCUUUUACCUUUUGCCAUCUAUGACUGUUUGUGGUAUAAUGAAGAUAGCCAAUUUCAAUUUCUUACACAAAUAAUGAUACUAAGAUCCAAUCAUAGUAUAGCCAUGGAUGCAGGCGGACUUGCCAGAAUGUCAAAUGUAACUCUGUCUACGAUCAUACGCUCUAGUGUCUCGUAUUUUCUUUUUUUACGGAACUGCAUGUAAACAGUGCCUAUUGAAU